AUGAUCGAUCGGAAAGCACCGUUACUCUAUGAGCCAGAAGUGGUGAACCAGGCAAUCCGAAGAUAUGAGACUUGCUGGCUGCCUAUGCAGACUGCUCAUCCCGACAUGAAUGUGAUACCGCCGUUGGACGUGCAUUGGGUAUGGCAUACACACAUGCUGAGCCCACUUCACUAUCAAGAA